UAAUUUAUUGUUGCUUGUCUGAUUCAAAGUCUUCUUCUCUCAAUCUCUUCCGUUGUCAACAAUUGAAACCGCGAAGCCUUUGAUUUGACCAGAUGAGAUCAAAAUCGAAGCAGGUGUUGUUACUAUGGCUUGAGGGUUUUCGAGAAGCUUGUUCUCUUCACCGUGUUGUCAUUCUCUGUUACAGGUCGAGAAAGCUCCUAUUACGAACUGGGCAGUGUUUUCUUUUGAAUGGUUUGAUUUUCUUAGGAAGUUUAGGUGUGUUUAAGUGGUUUAUAGAUCCAGCCCUUCAGUGGAUAUUACCUGAUCAGUGCUCUCCCCUCACUUCUCAAGAAUUUUGCUCGUAUGGUGGAUUUUACGCCUUUCUACGUGGUGGACUUUUGCAGCUCUUUUACGUUUUCUGGUUCUAUCCUCUCUACAUGCUCAGCUUCAUCUUGAGUAACAUCUGGUAUAACGAUAUUGCAAAGCAUGGAUUCGAGGCAAUUGAAAAUUCUGACGUAAGCUCAGCAGAAGCAUUAAGACAAGGUGAAGCUCCGACGUCACUGAAUAUGGCAAAUGCUGAAAGGCCUUCUGGUCUUGGAGGGGUGAUGAUCGGUAUAGGAGAGCAGGUGUAUUCAAUACUUCUCCUGACAUUUUUUUUUCUAGAGGUUUAUGUUGUUGGUGUUAUACCAUACAUCGGGAAGAUACUGAAUUUCUUACUUCUUUCGUGGAUGUAUGCCUAUUAUUGUUACGAAUAUAAGUGGAACUUCUCGGGGAUUCCUCUGGAGAAAAGGCUAGACUUCUUUGAAUCUAACUGGGCAUUCUUUACUGGUUUUGGAAGCCCCUGCGUGUUGGCCAUUUUCUUUCUCUCGCCGCUUGUGAGCGGAGCGCUUAUGGCCAUCUUGUUUCCAUUGUUUGUUUUAACUGCUACAGGAUCAGGACCUGAAAAAUCGAUUGGGGCCCCGAGAAGAACAUGGAAAUGUGCAGGUUUAGGGAGGCUUCCAAUAUUCUAUGUAGCUGACACUCUCUCGAUGUUGGCGUUGUCUAUCUUCCGGUUGGAGUCCCCGCACGAGAUUUAACACGAAAAGACAGGCUGAAGUUGAAACAUUAUCGCUGCAUCUCUCAGUCUUCGAGGGUAGUCAGAAGAUUAUUUGCAUUUGUGUUGAUAGACGAUACCGUCUUCUUGGUUAUAUGUCAAGUAUAGACUCGUACUUCAGCAAUUUCCGUGCGGCUUUGAGGUAUGUUCAUCUGACACGCACGCUCAUGGCCGACAUGCUGCUGCAAACUCCAAACCAAGUAAGCAACAGACAUGAAGAAAGCAAGAUUCAUAUUACAAGAAGUGUUUGAUUGUAAAGUAAUAGAAUCCGUAUUUAGUG